AUGACCGUACGCUUUGGGAACAAUCGACUGGGAUUCUACGUUGCUGUAAUCAUACUCUCAGGCGUUGUGUUGGGAUUGGGGGCUAAUUUCGCAAACGAAUUCCUACCUCACUUACGUCAGAAUUUCACUAUAUUCUCCAUCGUCGUAUCGUCAUUUACUAUACUGACCUUUUUGCUGACUUUGCAAUGGGCGACACCCUACUCGGAGGCUGUAGUUUUGUUUGUUCUGGGAACACUGUGGUUGGCAAUGGGCGCCUGGUCAACAGAUGUUAUUGGACCGAUGCAGUGUGAUGCAGUUGCGGGACAAAAGACACCCUCCAAAAAUGGGGAAACGAGCCUACAAGCAUUCUGCUAUGAAAUGAAAGUUAUACAGGCAUUUUCAUGGACCCUUUUCAUUCUUUUUGUGAUUGCAUUCUACGUCCUUCACCAACUCGUCAACCAGGCUAUGCGAUUCGGAAGACAUAAAAUUUGGUCAGAACCUAUCAGAGAAUUACCCUGGUUUGAAGAAGCGCCUGGAUAUUAUAACACCAAUACCUACGGACCGAAUAUGAUGCAAUAUCCUCCUCCUUCUGCAGGUGGCUAUGGUUACCCCUACCACCCGGCAAUGGGUGGGAUGCCUGUGCCCAAUCCUGGACAUUCUAUCAUAAUUCAACCUGGAAUGAAUGGCGCACCACCUACAGUCACUCAAGUACCUAUCUCGACGGUUUAG